CAGAAUACUAACAGUGUUUAAAGAAGGGAUACUACUAGGCCCAGUUUAACCCUUAAGGUCAAAUGGGCCUUGUUUACCAUUAAAGUGUAACUACAGAAAGUUUUUGUAAAAAGUUUAUUUGGGGUUAAAAUGUCCAAGGACAAUACAAGACUUAAGUCAAUGAUUCAGUUCGAUCAGUACUGCUAAUAAGGUGAGUGUGGAUGUUAGAUCAUUCUUCUUUACUCUCCAUAAUGUUAUGACCUCUUCUCUAAUAAACACCAAAACUUUACUCCUCACUGUCAUGGGUUUUUUUUUCUGUCUUCCUGCCUUCUGCCUGUCUCUCCUGGGUUCAUUAGUUUCAUCACAUUCACCUGUGUCUGGUGGUUCUGUGUUCAUCAGUUUCACCAGUCUCACCUGGUAAACAUACCUCUCUCUCUGGCUUUCUCUCCCUCACCCUGUCCUUGUUGGGUUGCUGUCACUGCUGCGUUCUCAGGUUCUCCACUGCACUAAGGAUUAUCAGGUAGAGUGCAUGGGCGGGCAGUUUGAUACCAGAGGCUUCACCUGUAAGGAAGAGUGAGGCGGAGCAUAAGAGCAAUAGAAGAAACAGAGGGGUGAGACAGGUGUGAGUGUUGGGAUGAUCCUUGACAAAAUUAUGAAGGACAGUGGAGCUACGUGGUUGAUGGAUUACUCAGCUGUGGCGCUCAACUAUAGAAUGAUUCAGAGGAAAACUGGCAAACAGACGGUUGGUUGUGAGCAGCCAUAGUUCAUGUUCAUCUGGGUCACACCUGCAGGCUCCAGCAGAGACUUGUCCAGUGAAGCCCGUGUUCCUUUGUGUUUCAUCGUAUAAAGCAGAGAAGCUCGGUUCGCACAAGACAAUGACCAAAGAACGCAUAGAAUCUGAGCUCUCCUGGGAGGUUAAAGCAAACAGACGAGAGUACCAUGAACAGCAACAGAAAAAGUCCUUUCUGUGCUUCCAGCGGGGACAUCAGAGGGACAACGUGGUGCGCAGCUACAAGUAUUCCCCCCUGACCUUUCUCCCUUUGACGCUCUUUGAACAGUUUCAACGAAUGGCCAAUAUCUAUUACCUACUUAUGGUGGUAUUGCAGUGCAUCCCCAUGAUCUCCACCAUACCAUGGUACAUUGCUAUGAUCCCUCUGCUGUCAGUCCUCCUGGUCAGAGGUGUGAAAGAUCUGGCCAAUGACAUGGCAAGGAGACGCAGCGAUGCCGAGAUUAACUCCCGACCAUGUGACAUACUUAUCUCCCAGAGUUUAACAACAGCGCAAUGGAAGGAUCUGUGUGUGGGAGAUAUACUCCGAAUCCACAAAGACCAAGUCUUGCCUGCAGACCUCCUCCUCCUGUGUAGCUCAGAGCCUCACAGCCUCUGUUAUGUUGAAACUGCAGACAUUGAUGGAGAAACCAACCUGAAGUACAGGCAAGCACUCAGUGUAACACACACAGAGCUGACCUCUAACCCCACAGAGGAGACCCUCGCAGCCUUUGAUGGCAUUGUUCUCUGUGAGGAACCCAACAAUCGUCUGUACACUUUUAGAGGAGAACUGCAGUGGCGAGGAGAGACUUAUCUGCUGGACAACAGUCACAUCCUCCUCAGAGGAACAGUUCUACGCAACACAAAGUUUGCUUAUGGCGUGGCCAUAUAUGCUGGCAGCGACACGAAGAUCCUGAGGAACUGCGGCAAACUGGCGGUUAAGAGGACUCAAACAGAAAAAGUUUUCAACAGGGUGGUGAUCGGGAUCAUCCUGUCUGUGCUAAUGAUAGCAGUGCUCCUGGGCAUCGGCAGCUGUGUCUUCUCAGUUCAACUACUGACACAGACGGAGGAUCUGUCUGAUCUGGUCGUCAGUGACAAUCCAGUGUACACCGGUUUCAUCGCCAUAUGGAGCUACAUCCUUCUGCUUAGCCCUGCCAUGCCUGUAGCACUCUACAUCUCGUUUGACAUGGUCCACACUGUCCACAGCCUGUUUAUUGACUGGGACUUGGAGAUGUAUUCACAGGAAACUGGCAAACAAGGCCAGGCCAGGAACACCUCGUUGAAUGAAGAGCUUGGACAAGUGGGCUACUUGCUGAGUGACAAAACUGGGACGCUGACCCAGAACCGUUUGCUCCUCAGGCAGUGCUGCAUCGCUGGAGAUAUCUAUGGUGAUGCAUCAAAAAGAGUUGAAGACAUGGAGCCCAUGGAUUUGAGCUGGAAUCCGUUCUCCUGUGGAAGUCUGCCCAUGGCAGCUCCUGGUCUCAUGCAGAAGCUCAGAGGACAGAAGUGUCUGGUUAGCAGACAGUUCUUCACAGCACUGUCUCUGUGUCACACUGUCAUGGCAGAGUGGAAAGAAGAGAAGCCUGUUUACCAGGCUGCAUCCCCAGAUGAGGGUGCUCUCGUUGGGGCUGCCAGGGAGCUGGGCUGGGUCUUUCUGUCUCGGACCAGAGACUCUGUUGUCAUCUCUGAGCUGGGUGUAACUCGGCAGUAUCAACUGCUGGCAGUGUUAGAAUUUACCAGCAAGAGGAGACGCAUGUCUGUGCUGGUUCGGGAGCCAGAGGGUGGGUUAAAGCUCUACUGUAAAGGAGCAGACAUGGUGAUCCUGGAGAGACUGCAGAAAGACAGCGCAUUUCAGGAAAGGACUGAAAACGCUUUAGAGAUGUUUUCUCAAUCCUGUCUGAGGACUCUGUGUAUUGCGGUUCGAACCGUUGCUGAGGCAUUAUGGGAGCAGUGGCGCAAAACUCUGGUCAGGUCUGCUGCCAUGACGACCUGUGAGGGUGAGGCACUGUUGGAGAAGCUGUAUGAUCAGAUGGAGACAGAGCUGCAGCUCCUGGGUGUGACUGCCAUAGAGGACAGACUCCAAGAAGGUGUUCCUGAGACCAUUGCUCUACUUCAGCAGGCUGGGAUAAAAGUAUGGGUACUAACAGGGGACAAAAAAGAGACUGCAGUAAACAUCGGUUAUUCUUGCAAACUACUGGAUGCUGAUACUAGAUUACUGGAAUGGCAAGAGCUGAGACAGAUAUUCCAAACCCCAGACCCCAGGGUCAGUUUCUUCAAAGCCAGACGGAUGGAGCUGUGGGCUGUAGACAAGGAGAUGGCUGCGCCGAAGACUGCUGUAGUUCUCACUGGGCCUGAGCUGAUAGAGUUGGAUCAGAGACCAGAAUGGGGGGCCACCUUCAUGAGCUUGGCAGAACAUUGUACGUCAGUGCUGUGCUGCCGCGUGACUCCCGGCCAGAAGGCUAACAUCGUCACACUGGUCAAGAAACACAUGAGCUGUGUGAUCAUGGCCAUUGGGGACGGAGCCAACGAUGUAAACAUGAUUAAGACGGCUCAUGUUGGUGUUGGACUGGCAGGUGUGGAAGGAGGUCAGGCGGUGCAGAAUGCAGACUACGCUUUGCCCCAGUUCAGGUUUCUACAGAGGCUGUUACUGGUCCACGGGCGAUGGUCAUACAGGCGCAUUUCUACCUUCCUGAGCUACUUCCUGUUUAAGACGUGCAGCUUUGCUCUAGCUCACAUAUGGUUUGGCCUCUUCAAUGGCUUCAGUGCUCAGCGUAUGUAUGAGACGUGGUUCAUCUCCUCCUACAUAGCCGUCUACACAGCAUUCCCUGUUCUGUGCACAGCCUUUUUUGAACAGGAUGUGAGUGCAGAGAACAGCUUGAAGUGGCCAGAGCUGUACAAGACCGGUCAGAAACAGGAGCUGUCCAACCCUCUGAGGCUCUCUCUGUCCCUGCUCUACGCUCUCUACGCUUCCUUCAUGCUGUUCUUUAUACCGCUGGGAGUUUUUCACAAUACAACCUUUGAUUACCAGACCAUGGCAGUCACUGUCUCCAUGGCAGCUGUUUUUACAGCAUCAAUUGAGAUCAUUCUGGUGACCAGGUAUUGGACAAAGUUCAACAUUGCAGCUUUGUGCACCUGUGUGCUGCUCUACUUCAUCUUUACCAGGAUUGCACACAGCAUGCGCCUGUUCCAGCUUUCACCUACUGACUUCUCCUUCAUCGGUGUGUCUGAGAAGGCCUUCAUCGAUCCAGUGGUGUGGCUCACUGCUCUGCUCACGUCCUGGACAGCUGUUCUGCCCUCAAUGACUGCUCAUGCCCUCAAUGUCAUCCUCACCGUUAACAACACACACAAGGUCCACAGCUUGAACAAUCAGCCGAUGGAGCUGAAGCAGAAGUUUAGCAGGGCGGCAUCCUAGUCCUCUUGAAGGACAAAAAGUUCUGGAUGUCUUGUAUCUACUUGGAUAUGCAUUAGAACGGCUUUAGUGAUGGAUGAGAAGGUGAGAAGGUCUCUGCACAUCAGAAUCAACCAACACCACGAGCAUCAAAUUCAUAAGAUUGACACAAGGUCUUGACUUGAUAAUAAUAGUUUUUGAAAUGAUCCAAUUUAUUAAAGUACGAAUAUAUAGAAAAAGAAUUGUAGAUCUGCCUUGAUAAAAAAUAUUUUCCCAGUUUUAAAGCAUUUCUAUAAAGAUGUCACUCUUUUCUAUGACUGCAUUUUCAAGUAAAUAUGUACACAGAAUGAAAUGGACCACAGACCUUUUUAUUACCUCCACACCGACGUAUGGACACUGUUAACAGUCUGUUUAUCUGCUCAUCCUCCUCCAAACACAGUAAACUGACAGCACACGCUUGUUUUACAAUUGUUUUAUUUGUUAAUUUAUUUCAAAACACGCAAUUUUACCCAUAUUAUCCUUUUAAGUUUUUUUAUUUUUUUGUAACAGUUAUUACUCAGAUUAUUUUCCUUCUCAAAAGUCUCAACUAGAGUGAAACUAAAAGUCCUCCACAGGCUCUCCGGCUUCUGCAGUGGGAGGAGGGAAAAGAGGCUUUCUGACCAGACGUAGUGAGUGGGCUUCUCCCUUGUUUCUGUGUGUGGGUGGAAGUGUGUGAGGAUGUGUGUGUUUAAGUGCAAUAGGUGGAAUGUCCACAGGGCUGUUAAAUCUCAGGACCCGUAGAGCAGCCCAGAAACUGAACUAUGUCUUGUAGGUUUGGUAGCCAGAUUGUCAUACCUCUGAUUUCAUCUUUGGUUUCAGCGAACUCUCUGAAAAGGCAGACUCACCCUUUUCUAGCAUGUGCCUGUGUUUGUCCUUGUGUCCGUCUGUCACGCUGUCUGUCUGAGUGCAAUACGAGCCACCGUCUCCAGACGACUUUGUAAACUUGAGUACGUACAAUGUAAGUGUCUUUGCAUUGAUUGUGGCCCUUCCUUGGCGCUGGGAAAAGACAGUCGAACAUUGUAGAACAGCGGAGUCAUGAUUGGGGAGGAGCGGUUUGCAAACAUCAUCAUGGACUCCAUUGUGAUGUCAGUGGCAGUUUUGGGCGUUUGUGUGAAGAUGUACAACAUGUGUAGUGAAACUGGGGCUGCUGUAGUGCUCUUCUUCCCUCAGCCACUCUAAACUAUUUUUACCCUGAGUGACUUUGGGCGUUAACUGCCUGUCUGGGCUCAUGGGAACAGAGAUCGGGUCAAGGAGAGGUCAAACUAUAAGCAUCUAAAUAUGUAGACGUGGAGGGAGCAUGAGGGGUUGUCAAGGUUGAGGGUUGUACACUCUGACCCAGCAGCAACGAUUAGGAUUGGGGGGGUCAGGUGUUUGCAUAGUUCUCUGUGCAAAAGCCACCAACCGGAGCCACUUGUUUUUCUCACGGCUGAUUUCAUCAUCAUCGUUUUUAAGCAGAAAAUAAUGGUGCAUGAUGGGACAUGUUUUUUGCACCACAGGUGGGUGUUUCUUUUUUUUUUUUUUUGGUAAGUCUGCAUUACACUGAAUGGCUUCAGGAGGGUGAAAAGUAAAACAAAAUGUACAAAUAAAGGGAAUUUUGAAUGUUUGAAAUGUGUGUCUUUGUCUGUGUGUGUGUGUGUCUCUGUAUCUGUUUGUUUGACGUUUGAAGCGGAACGAUGCGUCAGUGGCGUGGCACAUGGUAGGAGCGGAGGGGACGGACAUUUGGCAGUAGGGCUUUACAGCUGCUCCCGAUUCAGACAACCUCUUUUCCCUUGGUUUUCUCCUUGCAUCCUCCCCUUCUUCCUCCCCACUGGCCUGCCCUCUCUCUACCUUUUUUCUUGUUUUGAAACUGAUUGUCUUCUACCAUCACAAAGACACUUGGUUCUGAUUGAUUAACAGGUAACAGAAGAGGGAGAGCACAGUGUGACUGGGGGUGUCUACGUCAGCCCCACCUGCAGCCUAGUCGAUCCCACAAUGAAAUGACACACACAUAUGCUGUUUGACAGUAACUGCUGAUGGACAUUUCUCGUGAGACGAUCAGUUGCCCAGUGGUACUGUUGGUCGAUCGGUCAGUAAGACAUGGUUUCUUUUUUUUUUUUUUUUUUUUUUUUUUUUUUUUUUUACCGCAUGACAAAUAUUGCAACCCAUAGUAAAAGGAGGCUUAGAAAAAGAAAACACACUUUGUCUUUCACAUAGGUACAAAUGGACACACGUACACAGAUUGAAGAAAAGCAUGUAGACAGACAUACAGGUGUAAUCAAGGCCACCUGGGCCUGUGUGUGUCCCUCUGAUUAACUCCAAAUGAACAGCCUGUCUUUGGAAAAGCAGGACACACAUUUCAGGACCCGAGUGAGGACCACAAGCUGAGGAAUGAAAAUUGGAUGCUAUUGAUUGAUAAGAGAGGAGUAUGACCUCCCCCAGAACACACUGCCCCCUACUGUCUGGAUUUAUAUACAUUAAAAAAAACAUUGAGGAGAAAAGGGGGGACGGGUUGCAACAACACAUGCACACAACCAGUUAAUCCAACAGUGACGGAAAAAUCUAAAAACAAAGACCCCUCCAAAGCCUAAAACCCAAAUUCUCCCACCCCUUCCUUUUGUUGUGAUAGCCAAAAUAUCCCCCGCACUUUCUCCUCCCACUCCCAUAGCUCUCGAUUCUCCUCGUCUCCCCACAAAAUCACAGGUCAUUCCUGUUGGUUUCUAUACAGUUAUACAAUAUCCAUGCACAAAAGAAAAAGGUGCACCCCCUUUUUAACAGGAGGUGCUGGUCUUUAAUAUUCUAAGAACAUCAGGAGCACUUGGACACACCCAGCAACCUUUGAAAGUAACUGUGAUUUUUUUUUUUCAGAGAAAAGACAACUUAAAGGCAGAAGAAAGCAAACGAUGAGUGAAAGGUUCUCCCUCACGCGGCCUAGUGUUAGAUUAUUAUUAUUUCUUUGGAAUUAAAUUCAGCCCAAAUUUGAUUUUUUUUCUUUGCCCCCGCCCCCACUAUUAGACCCACUAAUGAAAAGGGUUUCAAACCACACUCCUUAAACGUCUGUUGAUUCUCUUCUUCUGUCUCUUCUUUUCUCUCGUUACCCUCCACAGAAACAUUCACAAUGUCUUUUCCUUUAUGAAAACAGUAAGUACAUGCCGCAGCAAAAAAGAAACAAAAGAACGUACGAGGAAAAUGAGCGAACAAAUUAAAGGAAUUUAACAGUAUAAAGCUUCAAGUCACAAGUUCCAAAACUAACUAUAAUAGUAUCAUAGUUUCAUAAUCAUCGUUAUCAUUAUCAGUAUUAUUAUUUUCAGUUUAAAUUACAUAAAGUUUACAUGAAAGGUUUUUGAGGUAUUUCAGAAUUAAUUGUCAACACACGCCUACCGGGUCUUAGCACUAGCCAGGGGGAGAGGAAGGAGUGAGGUGGAAUGAAUUUGUGUCUUUAACCUGUCACUGAGUCUUCGUACCUUUUCUAGUGCAGCCUCUGUGCUAGCACGCAGUCGAGAGAGAGAGAGAGAGAAAAGAAAAAGAUUUUAUGGUGUGAUUUAAUGACAACAGCCCUCGCAGCGCUCAGAGCCUCUGCCUUUUUGCCCCCUCUUUCUACACAAAAAUAUCUCUGAUUUGAGGGAGGCAAAGUGGCUGAGAGUGAAAGUGCACGGGGCAAAUAGAGAGGAAAAAAGGGAAACCACUCAAAAAGGCUGUGAGCUACUAGAAGAUCAACGGCACAGCAACAAAGACUCUGACAGAUUAAGAAGUAACAUAUAAUAUUGUUUCAAAUAAAUAGUGUAUAGAAAAUGUUUUAUAGACUUUCUACAUGAUAAAGUGCUUGUAUUCUAGUGUAUCAAGAUGGAAAGUCAAUAUGGGAGAAAAUGCUGACACAGCUCUCGCUCUGUGUCCCUGCCCCAACCUCUCCACCCCCUUCUAUCUGGCCAUCCAAUUAUUGGUGUAUUGUCUGUAUAGGAGCGCAUGUUUGUAAGUGGGUGUGAGGCUUUACGCAUGCACCCUGUGCGUACUAAUGUGUGUCCAGUGCAGUCCCACCCGUGGUUGAAGGGAAAAGGCACUCAACUCUGUCUGCAAGGCAGCCACCUCCUCCUAUGUGGCACGAUGCAGUCUGACUGCACUGGUAGCACUAACGUGUAUGUGUGUGUCUGUGUGAUGCUGCUUGUGUCCCUAUAGGGGUCUCAAACUCCUGGCGCGCUGGCCACUAACGGCUCAUGAACUACCCACAUGUGGCCCACGACUGGAUGUCAGUUCGAUGUAAUCUGACCCCCUGCUGUUAAGUUUUGGCCCUGCAAUGAGAUGGCAGGGGCAACAGUUGCCCCCAGCUCAUUUAGGUUUGAGACCCCUGCUAUAGAAGGUUUGAUCAAAGACAAAGGGGGGCUGAGGGGAGGGGGCUUUCUCUUUUAUUUGGUAUGCGUCCCCCUAGGCAGUUUGGGACCGGUAGGCUGCAGUAUCUUUGGUAUUAGUGGCGGUUUCACAAACCACUCAGCUUAGUGAGGUAGCCAUAUUGGUUCUCACUACAAACAAAUGCCUUUUUGUCAGCCUAAAACCUAGUGCUGAGUCUAGCUAAGCACCUCUGCUCACCGAUCUGUAUACCACCGAUCCAUUUGAGCGCGUCUUCCUUUGGCCACUUUAACUCACUGCUUACAGCAACGUGAAGUUAGUCGGUACGUCCUGAUCCGUUUUUCUACAAUGACGAUCUCUCAUCUAAUCUGCACUGCUAAUCUGACUACAUUGUGGAAAAUGCUACAGUUGCAUGUUAAGACCAUACAGAUUACACACGAGUCCUCCGAGCCGUGACCCCCACCCACCCUCCAAUACAACACAAAGGAAUCAGCUAGGACAUUUGGAGGUCACCGUUUUUGUCCCACCUUACAUCUUUAGACCCGUCCUCGGGGCUCGACUGUAAGGCGGCUGAGAGUACCACAGUUCUGACAUGAAAUGCCGAAAGAGAGAAAGCGUCCAUCAGUUAUUCUUCUCUUCAGCAGCUCCCUGUUUGUCUUGUUGUCCUCGUUCCUAUGGUAAAUGUCUCCUCCAAGUCCUGAUUCACAUAGAAUGUCAAAAAUACAUCCUUCAUUGGCCUCCGUCAUUUUAUUCCCCUCGUUUUUUUUUUUACUCCUUUUGAAAAGUCUUUCGUUUUGUUUUUGAUUUAUCAACAAGGUGCCUUACUUAUGCACAACAGAGCACAAUAGUAACAAGAAAUAGAAACUUUGUGU